AAACAGAAUGCAGACCUUUGUGAAUGUUUUUCUGGGUUUUUUUAUCUUUGAGUCUGUUGGAGCUGCCCCUAUCACUGAUACAAUAAUUUAUGAUUCUGAGUUCUAUGACGUACCACUUGGAGAGCUGCCUCAUCCAUUUGCCUAUGAUGAAAACAAGCAGUCUGACCGAGGAGAGACAGAUAUUGGGACAGAACUAUCUUCUGUAAUUCAAGAGAGUUAUUCUUCUGCACCAUUGACAGAAGAAACCGAGGAUGAAGCAUCAACACCAAAAUUAAUUGAUGGGUCUUCAGCACAGGGGUCAGGGGUUCUUGGACCCCAGACUCAAGAUGGUCUUCCCACUUGCCUCUUGUGUACAUGCCUAGGCACCACAGUCUACUGUGAUGAUCGUGACCUUGAUGCUGUUCCACCAUUGCCUAAGAAAACCAUGUAUUUCUAUUCACGCUAUAACAGAAUCAAGAAGAUCAGCAGAAAUGACUUUGCUAACUUAAACCAUUUAAAGAGGAUUGAUUUGACUGCAAACUUCAUAUCAGAUAUCCACAAGGAUGCCUUCCGAAGAUUGCCCCAACUUCAGGAGUUGGUGCUUCGUGACAACAGGAUAAGGCAACUCCCUGAGUUACCAUCUACCUUAACGUUCAUUGAUGUUAGUAAGAACAGGCUUGGUCACAGAGGGAUACCAAAUGAGGCAUUUAAAAAUCUGGAUGAACUGCAGCAUCUUUAUAUCACUGACAAUAAUUUGGAUCACAUUCCAUUGCCACUCCCUGAAAGCCUCCAAGCGCUUCAUCUUCAGAACAACAACAUUCAAGAGAUGCAUGAAGAUACUUUCUGCAAAAUGAGAGAUUUUACUUAUGUGCGUAGGGCCCUCGAAGACAUCAGACUGGAUGGUAAUCCCAUCAACCUGAGCAAAACACCUCAUGCAUACAUGUGUCUACCCCGUUUGCCAGUUGGCAACCUCAUCUAA